GCAAAGAAGCUUGCUUACCAUCAGCGUGGUACUGCCUCGCUCACUUCGGCGGGUCCACACGCUGCCUACUGCACUUCUCCCGGUCACAGAAGAGCUUCGCGCUUCGACACUACCUCUCCCAUCUCCGCUUGAUCUCUAUCUACGGCAAUGAGCCGGCAGGGGACCACUAUGCGCGCCUCGGAGAAUCCGGCGCCGGUGAGCAAGGCAAUGGCUGCGGGAGUCAACGCGAAGGAGGCCCUCGUGCGAGUCUCGCGCGCUCCUCUGGCCUCAUUGAAUGCCAACGGUGCCAAUGUACCGCUCACGUACGCGCAAGAACAGCCCAGCCUGUUCGACGCGUCAUGCGCACCUCUCUCGAGCCCGCUCAAACAUGGCGCGGAGCAUCGUAGCAAGACACAUGGCGCGCAAGGUUGCGAGAAUUGCCCUGCUUGCUUGUCCUCCGCUGCCAAGAGAGCUCAGCUGUCAUCUCCGGCUCAACGCGCAGUGACGGGUACGCCUGCACCUGUUGCAAAAUCCAUCCUUGGCGCCCGCAUGAGUCCCUUGGCGACGCGUCAGGAUGCGCACAGCCUGACGAGCACAUCUAUGGACGACAUUGUCGAGAGGACAGUCUCACGACAGAGUUCGCUGGCUUAUUCGACUCCCCGCAAGCCAGGCGAAAUGCAGCCAUUGCAGGAGUUGGAGGUUUCAGCUGCCGGCAUGGUCAUGCCACCCUUGCGAUUCCAGCCCACACACUCUUCGCCGAGCAUACCCCUGACAAGCUCGCGAGUACGCAUGACCCCGAGCAGUUCAUCAAAAUCGAUGGAAGCCGUCAUGGCUGCCUCUGAUGCCCGAAGGCGACGCUUAUCAAUUUCGCACUCGCGCAGCGGCUCAGUCCAGGCUUCGCCCGCCCACGAGCCUACGAGCUAUGCGACGGCAAGCAAUCCGGCAUACUAUCUCAAGACCCAUCCGGGCAAGUCCCCCGCCGCACUCAGGGCAGCCAAAGACAAGGCGCUCAUCGAGGAACUCGAGCCUCACGCUCUCGAGCUCGUCUACGCCUCUGCAACACCUUCGAAGGCAGCAGCCAAGCAGACACGAUAUUCCGAGCCAUCACGCUUGCAUGUUCAUCGCGAUGAGCCCGCUCAGACUGAUGCCCAGAAACGUCAGAGAUCGAUGAGCAAUAUUGUUGCGGUCGAAGAAGCGCCGCGCGCCAAGCGCAAAUAUACCAAGCGUCAAUCUGCUGGUGGCAAAAUUAUCAAUACGGAUACAGUCGCUUCAUUCGCACAGCACCGCGCGGCUCAAUUGAAUGUCCCAGGCGCUCAACGACCCGGCGCUGCGCCAACUGGUCAGGCGCGAUCCUACUCAACCUCUGAUGUUUCGACUGCGAGCUCAAAUUCUGUUCACCAGCUCGUUCGGUCUCAAUCUUCGUCGUCGUUGGCUGGCUGGGCAAACAUAGGCUCUCAACCCGACAUCGUCGCGCCUUCUAUGAGCCAGUCGUUCUCAGCUCCGGAAUCGACAUGGAUGGAUUCCGUGCCAGAAGUCAAGACAGACAUGAUGGACGACAUCUCAUUCGUGCAACCUCCUGCGCCUUAUCGAUCGUAUGCCGAGUACUAUGCGGCUGCAGGUCAGCAGCACGACAGCCUUUCCUACAUGUUGCCCACACCGCCACUCACCGAACUUACCGAGAAGUUCGAUUUUGCCACGCUGUCUGUACCUAACCUAUCUGUCUCUCGCGCAACGUCAGAGAUCAGCUCGAAUGAGACAUACCCACAUUCGCGGAAUCGAAGUCGAAGCCCACUCUUGCAUGCCCGUUCCAGAAGCCCAUCCGCUACCCCUUCUGCAGGCUCAAAGGGCGACAAUGCGACGUUGACUGCUGCGGAAGUAUGGACAGAUCUGCUCGAGCGGAUGGCGAGCUUGACCUCGCGCUCGCAUCUGGUCGGUUCGAACGAUAUGCGUGACUUGCGCGAAAAGAUCAACGCAAUCACCAAGUCGGUUGGCGGUCCUUAUGAUCCUCUUCGCGAGUCCCUCGUGCCCGAGAUGGACGACGAAGCUAUCAUGGCAGCUGCGAAUAUCGACUAUGGUCUCACAUUCGUCUACGAAGAUGGAAAGGUCGGCUCAUCCUUUGUCACACUCAGGAUGCCUUGA